UCAACUAUUUUCGCCAAAAACAUUACCCUUUAUUUUUUGCUUACCAUCUCUCUUUUUAAUAUCGCAAUAUAAUCACAUUUCCCCAUAUAUAGAACAAUGGUCAAGCUCUCUCUCUUCGCACUGGCCUCAGCGGCAGUUAUCGGAAGCAGCAGCGUCAACGCUCUGGAUAAGCGCAUUGUGGGCGGGUCCACAGUGUCCACCAGCGAGUUAUUCUCCUUCCUGACCAACAUCAUUGUUGACAACGGCAGCAGCACCGGGGUCUGUACAGGAGCGUUGAUUUCAUCGACGAUUGUGCUGACCAGUGCAGCAUGCGUGGCAGACCCGAUUAGCGACCAGGCAGUUUCAGCCGGCCGCGUACUCGUGGGCUCUGGCGCGACCAGCAGCGCGGUGGGCAACGGCACGGUGGAUGCUACAAAGGCGGUGGCCAAGGGUGGGUACUCCCAGGUGAGCCGCAUCACAGUGCAUCCUGGGUAUAACUCUAUUGCGUUCACGGACAAUAUUGCCGUGCUGGAGCUGACGCAGCCUUUGGCAAACGCUACGGCGGCUGGCAUUAUUUCCAAGCCGGUGUCGACGGCGGACACCGCGUACACAGCGUACGGGUGGGGGUCGACGAGCGCUGAUGCCGGCGGCAGCAGCAAGGCAACUGCCGGGCCGUACACUGAGCGCCUCAAGCAAGUCAACCUGGCGGUGGGCUCCAAGAGCGCAUGCGCGAAUGUCUGGGCGCCGUACGCCAACCUGACCAACUCUCUGUGCCUUGUGCCAGUCAAGACUUCGUCCAACGUGUGCAACGGUGACGGUGUCCUGGCCAAAACCGCUGGCGACGGCAGCGUUGGGCUGGCUGGUCUGCUGAACAUUAUCGCGGUUAAGGGCGAUGUGCCGGCGGAGGUGUGCAACAAUGUGGGGGCGAUGGACUUCUUCACGACGUUCGGUAACUACAUCGGCUGGCUGACUCAGGUGACGACGCUGAAGGAGAAUGAUUUUGUGUCCAGCGCAAAGUUCAACUACGCCGCGGUUUCUGGCGCUGACGUUCAGGAGGAGGGCGACUUGGAUGGUGAGAAGAGCGGGGCCGAGUCAGCGUCGCAUGCUGAGAGCAGCGCAGAUGCCUCAUCAAAGUCGUCGUCCAGCUCGGCCUCGGCGCUGGUCGCGGCCACCCCGCUGCUGGCUCUGCUCGUGUCGGGCGCCGCAUCGGCCUUCUUCUAAGCAGCAUGCUUUUGAUUUUUUAGUUGGUUAAUUCUGACUUAUGGUAAUCAAUCAAAUAAAUGUUUAACACCCUCUCUGAGACAUG